UUUACUCCUGGAGGAGCCUCAUUUGGUUCAUUCCACUUCACAAGGAAUUUAUAGGAAUAGCUCACCAGCAGAAAACUUUGAAUCAAGAACAAGGCCAUGAUCAAAGCCGCAGAGUAUGGAGAAACAUCAUGGGAGCUGUCCGUGCAGGUGGAUCAAAAAGCUGGAGAUGAGUCCAUGAAAUUUAAGCUGAGGGUGAAGGGAGACUUGCACAUUGGAGGCCUGAUGCUUAAACUGGUGGAGAAGAUCAAGGCUCCUCAGGACUGGUCAGAUCAUGCACUGUGGUGGGAACAGAGGAAAUGUUGGCUGCUCAAAACACACUGGACCUUGGACAAGUAUGGAAUUCAGGCAGAUGCUAACCUGCGCUAUACACCCCAGCACAAACCCCUGUUGCUGCAGCUCCCCAAUAUGAAAACCAUCAAAUUGACCGUCAGCUUCUCCAGUGUCGUCUUUAAGGCAGUGUCAGAGAUCUGUCGAAUACUCAACAUCAGAAGAUCAGAGGAAUUGUCUCUGCUGAAGCCUCCAGAGAAGAAGAAGAAGAAAAGCAAGAACUCGGCACAGGAGGACAUCUGGGACAUCGAUUUAGCGGGCGGGGGACCAGGAGGCACAGGCCCCAUGUACAGCAAGACAAUGACAGCCACCUACGACCCAGAGAACGGGAUGCCGGUGUCUGCCACGAGCCUCUGGUUUGGAGAUAACCCUCUGGCCGAAUCGCAGCCUAACCUGCCCCCUGCUGAGCUGGCCAAGAUGUACCAUCCGCUGGAGCUGGUGGACAAAGCAGUCAACAGUGCAGGGUGGUUGGACUCGUCUCGUUCUCUUAUGGAGCAAGACAUUCAAGAUGAGGAAAAGCUAUUGCUUCGCUUCAAGUAUAAUGUCUUUUUUGACCUCAAUCCUAAAUACGAUGCUGUCAGAAUAACACAGCUGUACGAACAAGCUCGCUGGUCCAUUCUGCUGGAGGAGAUAGACUGCACUGAGGAGGAAAUGCUGAUGUUUGCUUCAUUACAGUAUCAUAUUUGCAAACUGACCAUCUCAAGUGAACCAAUGGACAACUCCAACGAACCAGAAAUAGAUGAAGUAGAAGCUGCUCUGUCCAACUUGGAGACGACACUUGAAGGCGGACUCCCUGACAGAAUUCUGGAAGACAUUACAGAUAUUCCAGAGUUGGCAGAAUCCCUCCGGCUGUUUAGGCCAAAAAGACUAACGCUGCGGCAGUACAAAGAGUACUGGUUUGUUUUCAAGGACACCACAAUCUCCUACUACAAGAACAAGGAGAUGUCCAAUGGAGAACCCAUAGAGCAGUUUCACCUGAGAGGUUGUGAGGUAGUCCCCGAUGUCAACGUGACUGACAAGAAGUUCGGCAUCAAGCUCCUGCUCCCAGUUGCUGACGGGAUGAAUGAGGUGUACAUCCGAUGUGACAAUGAAACGCAGUAUGCCAAGUGGAAAGCUGCAUGUAUCUUGGCCUCUAAGGGCAAGACAAUGGCUUACAGCUCCUACAAGUCAGAAGUGAGAAACAUCCAGUCAUUUCUGCAAAUGAAGAGCCUGGCACCCCCUCCUGGUCAGGCAGCUCCUGAUAUCGAAUCCAUGGAUAUGAAUGCUGAAUGUUUUUUCUCCCCGCGCUACACCAAGAAGCACAAGACCAAACAGCUAACUUCACGUAUCCUGGAGGCCCAUCAGAACAUAGCACGGCUGUCCCUAAUGGAGGCUAAGAUGCGCUUCAUCCAGGCCUGGCAGUCACUUCCAGAGUUUGGUAUCAACUACUACAUUGUCAGAUUCAGAGGCAAUAAGAAAGAUGAGAUUCUGGGGAUCUCAUACAACCGUAUGAUUCGUAUCGACAUGUCCUCUUGUCUGCCUGUCACCACAUGGAGGUUCGCCAACAUGAAGCAGUGGAAUGUGAACUGGGAGAUAAGACAGGUUACCAUAGAGUUCGACCAGAAUGUGUCGAUAGCCUUCUGCUGUUUGAGCUGUGACUGCAAGGUUGUCCACGAGUUCAUCGGCGGCUACAUCUUCCUCUCCACAAGAUCUAAAGAUCAGAACGAGACGCUAGACGAAGAACUGUUCCAUAAACUCACCGGAGGCCAAGAAUGAGGAGAGAUACAAGCCUGUUUCUCUUAUCUGUUGUUUAUUUACGUGUGGUAUAAUGUGAAAGUAAAGCAUUCAUCUCCUGACGCAAUGGUUACCCUAAUUACUAAACAAACCAUUGCAAUAGAAAAUGUAAUACUGUACACUGUAAAUGUAACAUUUUCACUCACAGAACAACAGUAGCAUCAUUAUUUUUAUCAUCAUACAGUCAUAGAAAUGUACCCUGCACUAGAAGAAAUAAUAGCGUUGAUGUAAAUAUGUAGUCAAGAUUCUCUCAAACCUGUAUGCGUUGAUAUUUGUAAGAAUUAAGCUUUUUUUUCCAGGUGAAGAGAUUUCCAUUUUUCAGACAGAAAAAAACAUUUUGUAAACAAUCAUUAAAGGGUGUGUUUUUGUAUUUCACAACUUGUUUCAGA